UCUUACUUUUAUUUAUCCAUUAUAUUUGCCUGCACUUCGGUUGAUAAGCACGCUAACAUGGCCGCUAAAUUUUGAUCGCUUGCUAUCUGAUAUAGAUCUAUAUUAACUAUAUAAACUUCUAAACCAAAAAGUAAUUAUUAAUUCAAGGAUUAUUAAAAUGUCCAAUGAAGACUUUGUGCUAACAGGUUCAAGGCCACCCUCUGUGUUGUCUAACUAUAGACCGAAUUCUGCCAAACAGAAUGGCUAUCACACUAUAGCCAGAAAGUCUUCAGUAGAUGAAACACUGUUCAGAUCCUACUACACAACAAAACUUGAUGAGCCAGUAAGUCUUGAUAAACCUCCUUGGGAAUACCCUCAUAUAGAGAAAACACUAAGCGCCAAAAAAUCUCAGGAAUCAACUAAGGCUAAAUAUAAUGGGCCUCCUUUGCUUUGGUGCCCGACCCCCAGAGAAGUGUCACAUACAAAAAGUAAACAAAAGCCAGGGCCUAACGAUCCUCUCUAUUUAUGGAAUACAAAGCACCACUAUCGCCACUUAAAGCACACUCCAUCUUUCAUUGAUGAGACACUCUUUGGCUCUAGGCUGGAGAAGCCGUCAUUUAAAGCACCGUGGAAUGAGAAGAAAAAGGGGGAGAAGAUAGCGCCAAGGCCACUUUUAUGGGGACCUCCGAUGAAAGGACAACUGUCUGAUACUGAUGUCAGGCAUACUGUGAAUGACAGUUUUCAGAGACCUUCUUCAGCUAGGUCAACAGGUCGACCUGUAUGGAAACCUUAAAUAAACAAUCUUUUAUGAAUUUAAAUGUUUGAACAUUAAGAUGGUCUUUCGCUGAAGUUAUACAGUUUAUUACUCUGUGAAUCAAUAUAAGAUUGGAACAAAAACUUUCUUUUAUUUAAUGAGAAGUUUUUUUUUCCUAAUUGAGAAGCAGGCCUUUGUGUUAAAGUAUGUUCUAAAUCCACCAAGAUUGCAAUCCCAUUAAUCUUCUUUGACAUUUUUGUAAGUUGAUGUCAGUUUGCAGAACAAGAUCUCAAGAAAGAAUGUGACUCUCUGUUUUUACAUUUCAAUACUACUGGGCUCACUGAAUUGUAUUCGAUUUAUGAAAUGAGGUGCUAGUAACCACUUUUAUGGUUGCUUUAGUACAAGCCUCUUUUUCUCUAUCAGAAUUUACAAAUAAUUAGGUGUGCACCAGUUUCUUUCAGACUGAAGGAAAGAACAAACUGAAAAAUAGCAUGUCAUCUAUACUAUGGAGUCUGCCAAAACAUUUAAAAAAUGUUUAUGUUUCUUCAGAAAAGAAGAUUAUUAUGUCCUAGUCUUAAUCUCUCAAAGAAGUGCAGGGGAUGGCAAUGGACAGGGUUUCAACCUGAGACUCUAUUUUUUCGACCAGGCAAAAUAAGAUAUUGAUUAAAAAGUGUUUUCUGUUUUCUAAAAGACACUACAAAUGGUAAAAAACAUUUUAACAAAUACCCAUCUUUGUUCAGUUUCUUCACUUAUGAAUAAAAUUGAUUCCCAUAUAUGUGUAUAAGUACUAAUUUGUGGAACGAUUUACAGUUUAGAUAUGCUUUAUUGUUAAAUUGUGUGAAUCAAUUAACACAAGUUUUUCAAAUAAAGUAUUUAUACCUUGAAUGAGACUUUAAAUAUUUCAAGUUGCUAAAAAGUUAAAAAUGCUUGUUAAAAUACAUGCCAAAGUUUCUGCAUGAAACAAAUGAUAAACGCACUAGGUGUUUUUGUUUUAUGAUGGAGUGGCAGAUUUCUCUUCUUACUUUUCUACAUUGUACUAUUACUUUUAGAGGUACUAUUUAGUGUAAAGCACUAAAAAGUAUAUUUUUUAGUAUUGUAAAGUUAAAAUAUGUAAAGCACAUUGAAGUUUUUUUUUUUUUAGAAAUGGUUCAAAUUUAAUAUUAAUAUCAGAACGAAAAAGGCAGAUGUCUUCCUUUUUAGUGGCAACAUGAAUAAAAGUUUUUUAUGAUUAUAUUUUACGAACAUAAUAUAAUUUGCUUAAGUUUUAAUGUUGAUACACAUAACCUUGUACCAAAAUAAUCCUUUUGCUACAGGACAUUAAAAAAUCUGCACCUUGUUACAUUUCAAUUUUGAAGACUUGGUUGGAUAAGGUAAAAGAAUAAGUAAUAACAUACAAGAAGAGAAGGUGAUAUUGAGAAAUGUGGGUAACUUAUAAGGGAACCUUAAAAAGACAAGAAAAUGAGGAAACAAACAUUCUAAAAAAGGACAAAAUAUUGAGAGAAAAAAAAAAAAGGAUACGCUGUUAUUGCAGUAUUACAAUUUUGUUCUAGAUGCUUGUCUUUGGUCCAGUACAACAAUGUUUUUAGUUGUUUUUUAAAAUCUCAGUAGUUAAAAGAUGGGAGUUACCCCCGUUUAUUACAUUUUAGCAUGUUACUUAUAGAAAUUGUUCAUAGAUUUAUCCUUAGUUAACUGUGACACCUAAUCUCUUGAAUUUCAUUUCUUCAAAUGUAUUUAAGCUUUAUGCUGAAACAAAUGGAAUAGAACUGAAGAUAAUACUUAGGAGACAAAAAUGGAAAUUCCAGAUCCUGUGAUAUAUCACUUGCUAGGUUGUUCCUUUCCUUUUUUUUUGCACAAUAUUUUCUCACUUAUGGUAUUGUCAAGAUUUUUUUGUAUUUCUCUUAAAA